CUCCAACACAGCGAUCAGACGAGCGUAUCGCGUACACUUGCACUGCUACCCCUUAUGACAUGAUGGGGCACUGUGACAUGAUGGGUGUAUUAUGGUUGGGUAGUCGAUAUCCUCUCUUUGCUGAUUUCCCAUCGUCUCUUACUCUUUUUCCUCCUUUCAGCAAUUGCUUCUGGUCAAGUACAUUCGUUCAAACUAAUCAUUCGUUUCUUUUCCAACUACCAGGAGUAGUAUUUUUGUUGCGCAGUCAUGUCUUCCAAGUACGAGGCCGUCCGGGACGAUGAGAAAUUCCAGGAGCCAUUUCCGAGACGAUCGUCAACAUCGACCUCGGAUUCGACGUUGAUGGAGGAUGAGGAGGAUGUCAGACUCACUCAGCCCCGUCAGAAGUUAACUAUGAGAUGGAUGUGGUUGGUUCACGCUGCGCUACUUUCGCUAUCCUUCUCGAUGUUUGUUGGUGCAUUCUUCACUCGAGCGUCAACAUUGGAGCACGUGAGGAAGUUCUCUGCAUAUUCACCUGCUGCUGAGGCCGUUGAGUAUCAGAGAGUGAAAUUUAAUGCGACUAUGGGAGAGGGUUCGCCGUAUGUCGGGAAAGGUCCAGAAGUUGACAAGGCAUGGCAUGCGAUUUCGUAUGAUAUCGGAGAUCAAGUUAUCACGGAUGCAGAACUCGAAAUCAUCGGAAUGCCCAAGUCACACCUGAGAGCCACAAACCCCAAGACUGGAGUUGAAGGCUACAGAGUUGGUUUGGAAGUCUUCCAUCAACUCCACUGCAUCAAUCUCCUCCGUCAAGUCACCUACAAAGAACAUUACAUGGAGGUUGGUAACGGCAACUUUGCUGGUACCCAAGAAGAUCUCCAGAUGCAUACGGAUCACUGUCUCGAAAUCCUCAGAAUGAAUGUCGAAUGUAACGCAGAUGUCGGUGUAUUUACAUUCUAUAUGAUGGAUGGAGAUCCACUUCCAUGGCCAGAACUCAAUUCUUUUCACCAGUGCCGAAACUUCGAUAGAGUGAAAGAGUGGGCGAUAGACAAUUCAGUGGGAAAUAUGGAGAGGGGAGACGUGAACCCAUAGAUACCAAUCAACCUAAUACAUUUCUGCGCACCCCACCCAUCUAUACUCGCUCUACCAGAUUACCACCACCCUGACUUCCAGUGAUUUUUAGGAGACUUGUGUUCAAAUCGGUGCAAAUGAAAACCACAGUGUGAUUCUACCCGCACCAUCCGAAUCACACUUCUCACUUGAUAUCCGUCCAUUGAUCCGCGGCGAUCCCAGCGCAUAUCCAACUAAAUCGUCCCUACCUUGCAUCGAUUCAUAUCCACUGACAUUUAGGAAGGCACGGGCUCGCAAUGCAAUCUCGUUCGGACGAUCCUGCCUGGGAUCAUGAUUUAUUUUUCUUUCCUCCCGUGAGCUCUUCCAUGUCCGAGCAGUGGGUCGCCUUGUGGAGGUCGUUGUUAUUCUUCCUACGGGGAACGAAGAGGACGCUAGUAUGUUUGGGGAUUGUGAGACCGUUGUGGAUGUUAGUGUUGGUUGGAGGGGACGGGGAAGAGGAACGGCCUGAGAUCUUGGAGUUGAAGC